UAUAGAUUAGUAAGAUAAAAUGUGGAUUCAACAAAAAUAACACAGUAACAGUUAGUAAAGGCCAAUUUAUAAUAAACAAUAAAAUUGCGAAAUAAACAUUCCAUAUCGCGUUUGAUCCCGGUGCUAACGAGAUCUAAACAAAACAAGACCAUUCGAAAAUGGGGAAAUGUUACCAAUAGUUAUUGGAGAAGUUGAAAUGAAAGAGCUUUGAGUUUUAAUUUAUAAUGGCUUCAUUCAGGAAAACUAGCAAUGACGAUAUGCAAAAUCUCCCAGAUCUGUUGCGACGAUUGUGUUGUAAAAUAACCGGAAUAAGCGGAGCUGAUAUUGCUCCACAUUUUCAACUUGCACUGCAGUUGUUGGGCAGCAAAAGAUCUAUUGAAGAUGAAGAUGAAUUCCGUAUCAUUGAACGACUUAAGAAGCAACUUGUGCGUCACGGGAGGGAAAAAGAUGCAGCUGUGCUGGCAGAAAUACACAGGAAGUUGCAGUCUCAGAUGUUAUUAAGGAACAGAUCAGCCAUACUUAAAUUAUUACAGCAGUUAUCUUCCGUUGAAGAGAAAGGUCAAGAGAGUCGAGUCCCAAACACAAGUUUCUUCUCCCAUGGGCUCCCGUCCCACCUGGUGUCUACACCGUACGGUGCUGCAGAUGUCCGGCAGGGCCAUGCGCCAGGACUGACCAUGUCCAGUGUGUCCAGUCACACAGUGGGCAGCAGCGGCAUCAGCAGUAUACAGGGGCGAGACUUUAGCAGCAGAGAUCUGACGCCAGUGGCCCAGUCAUUCAUACCCAGUCAUUUAGUAACUCCAGCUUUUGGAUUAAACCAGCAGACAUCAAAUAAGCUUCGCACUGUUUCUAUAUUUGCUAAACAGUCCGAGAAUAAAGAGAAUGUUUUAGUGACUCACAGUGGUAAUAAACAUCUGUCUAAAAGAUCUGCAGAUAACACAUCAUUUGAAAUAUCUGAGGAAAACCUUCUGAAAGAUCUGGUCUAUGUACUUCAAGGUAUUCAGGGUCGUUGGGUCAAGUUUGACUCCUCAAAGGAUGUUCACAAAAUUGAUUCUGAGACUGGUGUACCAAAAGCCUGGAGACAAGAAAUAGUCAAACUGUCUGAGUGUGGGUGGCUGUACCUGAAGAUUAAAAACUACAUUGAACAACACAGUACUGAUAAAGCUUUUGGACUCAUAGGACAGAGUUUCUGCGCUGCCCUACACCAGGAGUUGACAGAAUACCUGAGGCUUAUAGCAGUGCUGGAGGCUCAGCUGCAGCAAGAAUGUGACCCUGGUAUCCAUGAAACUUGCUCCAACUUGACCUUGGCCAGACUGAGGGUGUGGACCUUUGACCCCUUAAAGAGGUUAAAAUGGUUGGCAGCCCUUGUGGACACAUGUAAAGAUAAAAAAGGCGGGGCCCUGACCUCCAUCAUCUUCUCCUACACACACCACGGUGACCCGUCCAUCAAAACCUUAAUCACACACCUGUUGACCAUGGUUAGCCAACCCAUCUACGCCACACUGCUACGCUGGAUGUAUGAUGGGGAGUUGGAUGAUGCUUAUCAUGAGUUUUUUGUAGCGUCUGACCCAACAGUGAAGAAUGAACAACUGUGGCACGACAAGUAUAGCUUGAGAAAGUCAAUGAUUCCAUCUUUUAUAACCAUGGACCAAGCUAGUCGGAUCCUUCUUACUGGCAAGUCUAUAAACUUCCUUCGGCAAGUGUGUGAAGACAGAACCCCCACACAAGGCAGGGAGGUGGCGAUGAAUUUAGAUCUUACCCAAGCUGCAAGCAUGUUCUCGCAGGACCAAAACUCAGACUUCCAGAAGAUGUUGGACUCUGUGUACGAGCUAACGUCACAGCAUCUCUUAGACGUGUUGCAGACCAAGUAUAAAUUCCUGGAGCACCUCAAGGCCAUGCGAAGAUACUUGCUGCUGGGGCAGGGAGAUUUCAUUCGUCACCUCAUGGAUCUGCUAGAAGAAGACUUGGCCAAACCUGCCAGCAACCUGUACCUGCACAAUUUGACUGGAAUUCUUGAAACUGCCAUCCGUGCCACAAAUGCCCAGUUUGAUAACGGAGAUAUUUUGAAGAGGUUGGACGUCCGGUUACUGGACGUGUCCCCAGGGGACACUGGAUGGGACGUCUUCAGUCUGGAGUACCGUGUGGAUGGGCCUAUUAGAACUGUGUUCACCCCUGAAUGUAAGAUCAUCUACCUGCGUGUCUUUAACUUUAUGUGGCGGGCCAAACGCAUGGAGUACGUACUUGCCCAGAUCUGGAAAAACCAGAUGUGCAGCGCCAGACAGCUCAAGGCCAUACCUGAACUGUCCCCAAUCCUACACACCUGUCACAUGAUCACCACUAACAUGGUCCACUUCAUCAAGCAAGUCCAGUACUACAUCAACUUUGAGGUGUUGGAGUGUGCGUGGGAUGACCUGCUGACCAAAGUUCAUGAAGCCAAAGACCUGGAUUACAUCAUCGCGGCUCACCAAGUUUUCCUAGACACCAUCCUCAGUAGAUGUUUGCUCAACGACAAGUCUAGGGAUAUCCUCCAGCUGCUGAGGACCCUGUUUGACCUCAUCAUCCAGUUUGAGAGUGCUCAGCUCUUGUUCUACGAGUCAGCAACCAGUGAAGUCCUAACCAGAGAAGUUUUUGAAAAGGCCAAGAAAGAGAGAGGUCUAAAGGGUGACUGGGAGCUGACAGAAGAGAAAGAGAAGGAGGAGAGAAAUAGAAGAAAUAUUUUCUUGACAUCCAUCAUCCCAUCCACUAGAGCCAAGCUACAGGUUCUAUCUACAGCCUACCAGGACACAGUUGAACAGUUCUUGAAGAUGGUAGCCUCACACCCAGAUGCAAGCCUCAGAUUUCUCUGUUUCCGCCUUGACUUCAAUGAACAUUACAAAGUUCGUGAGCCUCGAGGCAGAUUAUCCUACUUGCGAGCCAAGUAGUUUAUUUAAACACCUGUCAAGAACUUGUGUGCCUCAUGUACAUAAAAAACAGCAUUGUAAAAGUGAUCAAUAUUUUGUCUGACAACAAUAACCUUCAGACCAAAUAAAUGUUUUGUAUAAAGCCAUAUGCUACUUGUAUGUAAGUAGUUUUUUGUUUUAAAAAAUGUAAAUGAAUUAACAUUGUAUAUUAUAUUUUGAAUAAACUUGUAGAUUAGAAUUGUA